CAUACAGCGAAGCUUGCAGGAGACAGAGAAACACGGAGAAAGUGACAUUUAAAUAAUUUCUCGCGCUGCAUAUUAAAGGGGAGCUAUAUAGGAAAUUGAAGUGGCUAAACACGACGAGGUGCACUUAUGGUCAUGCACUUUGUAAACAAUCGCGUUGAUGAGCAGUACUUUACUCAUGCUUUAUGAAACAGUGUUCCAUUGUUAAGCUUGAUACUGAGAUAGAAAUAGAAAAGUUGAGACAUGGGAUCUAAGUUGACCAGGCAGAGUAGUUUGGACAGCCAAGCGACUUUCUUUCGGAGAGGAGGACGCCACCAUCACGAGAGCUCCGGGGAUGCGGCGGAGAGGAGUGGGAGAAGAGGAAGAAGAGGAGAGUUUCUGUUCAGUUCUCUGAUGCUCAAGUCGGACAAGCUGCCCGGGAUGCUGCGCAAAUCCAGUCCAAGCCCAUAUGUCCGAAGAGUGGCUUGGGUUCGGGAGAUUCAAUCCCUGCUAAAGGAACAGAGGGUGGAACAAGCCAUCGACGUGUUAAAACUGCUUAGAAAGGACUUGGGUCUUGAGGGCACAUCUCUUAAUGACAUCCUCUACAAGAAUGCUGCCUUCCUCAACCUAGUGGAUCCAAUCUCCCAUGAGCUUCUGCUCAAUUUGGCUCGAGACAUGCAGUGCCCAAAGCGGGAGUCUGAUGCUCUCAAGUCCUCUGAGAAGAUCUGCAGGCAGCUGAUCUAUCACCUGACCCCUCACUCCAAGUGGAGCAGACAGAACGUGCCCAGGAGGAAGUCCCAAGCCUGUCUUAAAACUACGCUGAAAAGGAAAUUAGCUAAUGGUAUUGUGGAUUUGUCUGGUAUCCCCCUCUCUGGCCGUGACUUGCAUCGUGUGGCAUACUACCUUCAAAACAACGGUUCAUAUGUGACAGCGGUAGACAUUAGCUUUACAGAACUCAAGGAUGAGAGCUUACGGCUUCUUUUACCAUUCUUAGGAGUGCUUCCCAAACUCGCCACACUUGCCAUCAAUGGAAACCGACUGACUGUAGCCAUCCUUAAAGACCUGAUAGAGGUGGUUAAGGACCCCAAGAAGUUUCCUAAUUUAGCCUGGGUGGACCUGGGCAAUAAUGUGGACAUCUUCACAGUUCCCCAGCCAUUGCUGGUUGCCCUUCGCAGACGCUUUGGAAUGAGAAGCAGCUUGCCCACAAUCUAUGAAUACAAUGAGGGCCAGGGCAGCAGCUACUGCCUAGAGACAUCUGCUGAAGAAAUCAGUGUAUUUGAGGAGGAAGAAGAGGAGCAAAGGGAUGAUGAUCUGGAUGAUCAUCUGGUGCUGGAGCCCUGGAACAUAGAAGAGAAAAGAAGUAACAUUACACUUCAUUUCUGUGAGAGGUGAUGGUCCCACAUGGUCCUCUUGCUCCUCUUAUACUAUGAGUCAAGUUCCAGUAUAUCACAAUUUUCAAUGCAUGAAGCGCCCCUUCACCACAAACCCUAACUGGGGCUACUGGAAGUGACAAGACAAAAUGGCCAUGUAAGGUCAGGAGUCUUUAGGUGGGAUUUUAGAAGAACAGAAUGGUAUGUUAGAGAGGGAAGAAGGUCGGGACCUGUUACACAUUUUGAAAGGAGACUGCCGCCUUCCCGCUCAGACCUAGUCACCCAAACACACAGUCUACAUGACUGUCUUUGUUUUUAGCAGUAACAGUCAAUCCUUUGUUUGCCUUCAACAUUAAAGGGAUACUUCACCCAAAUAUGAAAGAUGAGAGAAUAGAGAACAGGCUACAAGAGAUACUGGUGUGUGUGUGUGUGUGUGUGUGUGUGUGUGUGUGUGUGUGUGUGUGUGUGUUGUUAUAUGGAUGCUUAUGAUGCAAAUGUAGCCAUAGCCAGAGCUCAUUAGAGAGGACCAGACACAUAGACAAAAACUGCAAUGCCACACAACCAACAUGAUUAUAUUUCUUUUGAAUCUCAUCCAGUUCGCAAUGAGAGGUGAUAUUCUUAAUUCUAAGACAUGUAAACACCUGGAACUAUUCACUAUUGUUCAGCACAAGAACCAUGUUUGUACGGUCAGUUAGAGAGUCAAAUUUAUUUGAUGGUUUAAUAAAAAUAUGUUAUUGAUUCAUGUCAAUAUUUUGUAUUUUUUAAAAAGAGUUUGAUGUAACAGAGUUAAGCUAUUAAUUUAUUAGUUCUUGAUUCUGUUUGUGCGAAUGCAUGACUGUUCUACAGUAACCUUUUAAGGUUGUUUUGUGUUUUGUUUUUGAUGACAUUUGCUCCACAGGUGGUACCUACGAUGUUUCCUUUACAGACGCAUGUCUGGUUUGCACUUUACAUGGUAGGCUUUCUCUGUUGGCUGGUCAUCUCCAGUCUUUGACCUUUCAUGGUCUGUUUAUGAAUUCAACAUCAGAGUUUUCAUUGUAGUACAAAUAUAUAGUCAUCACUUUUAUUAUAAAUGUCAUAAAAGGUGUGACUAAUGGCUUUGAGCAUCUGUGUCUUCGUUAUCUUUUUAACAGUUUUAUAAUGAAGACUAAUAUCAUGAUUGUUCUUGCUAUGUGAAAUAAACUCAGUUUGUAAAAAGACCCAGUGUCAUAGUAUUUGUGAGUUAACAGUUAUAAAGAUGUGUGUGGUUGGCUGUGUAUACUUGAUAUUUGGAUUAAAAUGCUUAUUAUAUUAAAACAGACUGAACUGAGGAGUUUUUACUGUAAAAAUAAAGGCUAUAACUGACUAUACUGACCAUUUUACUAGCUGAACAUGCAAGUACAGGGUGAACAGGAACAAAAUCCCUCCUGUUUUUACCGUGUUAUACGUUUUUUUCCAUGGCACAGAGAAUUCAUGUACAGUAGGUAAUCACAAGAGUCAGCAAAUGUAGAUUUAAUUAAUCUAAUGCACAGCACAGAAAUACUGGCUAUGUAAAUUGAACUUUCUAACAUGAUGAAUUGGUUGUGGGAGUCCCUUACAAAAGGGUACUGUGGCGGUGCCAUGGCACAAUGAAGGGAAUACCAUGGUACUUUGUCUUUUACUGAAUUAUUACCAUAUUCUUAUACUAUUGUAUUUACAUGCUACUCAAAGGAAAUAAAAAAA